CACCCAGGUCUCGCGCUGCAUCUCCCCCUUUCCCAAUCGGCCACCAUUUAGAUAAUAGUCUGCUUUCCCGUUUUUGCCACCAAAAUGGAUAACCUCACAUUUAUCCACAUUAUACUGCAUCUGCCAAACAUUUGCCCACUCACCCAGCCUAUCCAAGUCACCUUGCAGUCUCCUAGCAUCCUCCUCACACCUAACACUGCCCCCCAGAUUCAGAUUCAGAUUCAGAUUCAAUUUUAAUUGUCAUUGUCAAUGUACAGUACAGAGACAACGAAAUGCAUUAAGCUUAGUGUCAUCCGCAGCUUAGUGUCAUCCGCAAACUUGGAGAUAUUGCCUUCAAUUCCCUCAUCCAGAUCAUUAAUAUAUAUUGUAAAUAGCUGGGGUCCCAGGACUGAGCCUUGCGGUACCCCACUAGUCACUGCCUGCCAUUGUGAAAAGGACCCGUUUACUCCUACUCUUUGCUGUGCUGCUCUAUACAGGGACACAUGACAAGAAACUCUCUUGAAUGUGUAGAAGUCAGAAAGUCGGCUGCCCUAGACACACGUUAAGGCAGGGCUGCUUGGUGGCAGGGCAUGGGCAGAGGCAUUUGGACAGAGCUGGCAGCUUGGGCACGGUGCCAGCCGUGACGAUGACAGUGGUGGGAGUAUCUCGUUCCCUUGCCAGGCUGUCACAAGGACGGGAGUGGGACGUGUGGCUGUGAAUAUCAACAGUUUUGGGAAGUAGCUGAAGGAGCGGGGCUGUGGACUAAGACUCGGCGCGGGAACACGGGAAAAGUUCCUCCCGUAUCUGGAUUCUGACCGUCCGUGGGGGCGUCUGCGCUUCUCGGGAGCGCGGCAGUGCGGCAUAUCACCCCUCCCCCAUCCCCCCCCCGGGCGUGAGAUGCUCUCAGCCCGCGAGAUGGCCGCCCUCAGGCUCCGCGGCUGCUGUCUGGCCGCAGGUGCCGGUGGCAGCGACAAGAUCAACAACAACGGCGACCACCGCCGCCAGGCUCUGCGCGCCUCGUCCCCGCGCCGCCGGCUCCGCGACCCCGACAGCUGGAGGCGCCCGAGCCUCACCGCCGACCUCGAGGGGGGCAAAGGGUACAACCGCAACCUGGACCACAACCUCCUCUCUCUGCUCCUCUUCUUCCACAGUGGUUCCGGCAGCAGUAUGGUUGCCAUCGACAACAAGAUUGAACAAGCUAUGGACCUGGUGAAGAGCCACCUGAUGUACGCGGGGCGUGAGGAGGUGGAGCUGCUGAAGGCGCAGAUCAAGGAGCUGCUGGACCUCAACGGGCUGCUGGAGCAGGAGAACGCCCUACUCAAAUCCCUGGCCGACCCCGACCAGCUGGCCCAGCUGCCCCCCCCGGCACGGGCCCCCCCCCUCCACCCCCCCACCCCCCCCUCCAGCUCCGCAACCCCCCCCUCCACCCCCUCCUCCCCCUCCCCCCCCACCUCCUCCACCACCUGACCCCCCCUCGCCCCUCAUCCUCCCUCCGAG